AUGGUUCGCAAUUCAAAAAGAGCACCACAGGGUAGAGUAUCAAGCAUUUCUCCUCGAACACCAAGGAACAGCCUAUUUGGUCAUAAACAUUCCACUCCCCAGAGGUAUACCUCUCGUUUUGCUUCACCUGAGGUGACUGGGUCCACUGGUGUAGAAGGGGGAGCACCACCAGGGAGUGUGGAGGCCUCCACUGAACGCAGCUCAGGUUCCUUGCUUUCGAUGUUAAGGUCAAAACAAAACAAUGUGGGUAUGAGUAAACGGACCCUAAGUAGUGGUAGUGCCUCUCAGUCCCCUGUUAAGUACAGCAGGGUUGGGCCUGUAUCCUCCUUGUCGGAUAAGCUGAGGGCAAAAUUGGGGAAGAAAAGCUCUGUGUUCGACCUUUUGGAUAUAGACUCCAGCCUAAGAACAUAUAUGUACUAUGAUGGGUUGGGUGAAUCUGCUGUUGGUAGGAAGUGGUUCUCUUACGGUGGCAGUGGUUGUUCCAAAUGCCUCAUGAUGCCCGAGUCGGCCUGUGUCUGUUACGACAAUAGGUCGAACAAUUUUCUCAAAAGAAUCGCAAGGGAAUGCCUUCUUACUUUGAAUUUCAAAUUAUCUGAAGCGUCUUUUGCAACCAUCAUUCAAAAUAGUGUAGAGUAUCGCUGUUAUACCGUGUUGUUUGAUGUCUUUGAAUAUAGGGUACAAUACAGAACACGGUUUUUGGAGAAAACGAGGCCCUAUUUGAAAUUCGUUAAGGGGUCUUUCUUACAUCUCGAUCGUUAUCUAGAUUUCCAGCACUACAAAGACAUGAUCAACAGCUACAAUGAAAUCUGGUCCUAUAUGACAAAGAACAAACUUGACAUGUUGGCUUGUUCCUCUGACGCUAGUUCUAACCCCAAAUUCGUAGAGCUGUGGGACCGACAACUAGAGUUCGACGGUAUUAGAAAAGCCCUAGAAGUAGAAGGGUCGUCUCGAUACGGAAGGCGUGGCUUUGGAAGAAACUACAAUGGCCCUAGCGAUUACAUUAUCCAGAUUCUGAAGCACAACUUUAAGAGAUAUGGUAGUCUAUCGUAG